AUGCCACGCACUCCCAGGCCGAAGAAAUCCAAGUCAUCGCCGGCCGUUUCGGUGAAAAAGGCUGUUUCCGGCAAGCCGGCGAAGCUCGCUGGAAAGAAAGGUGCAGCUGCGCGGCAUGUAGAAGAGCUACAAGCCAUCAAGGAACAGGAUCCGGAGUUUUACAAGUUCCUGGUUGAAGAGGAUCAACAGCUCCUCGACUUCAAAGCUGACACUGCUGAUGCGGCGUCUGAGGAAGGCGAGGAGGAGGCAGUCGAAGAGGACCAGGAAGAAGAUGAAGACGAAGGAACGUUUGUCCAGGAGGAGUCAACAGGCACCUCCUCGGGCUCCGCGCGAAAACUGACAUUGGAGCGGUUCAAGCAGAUUGAGAGCUCAGCGCCGAAGGCCUUCACUGCCUUUAAGGCGGCUCUCAACGCCUACCACACGGCGGUGCGAUCUAUCGAUCCCGAGCUCGAGGCAAAAGACGAGGGAGACGAGGCGCCAGCGAGGCGCCGCUCCUUCAAGAAGAAGCGCUCUCGUGUGGCCAUGACGAUCGAGGAUGAGGCGACGUUCUCCGAAGUCUUGGAGUGGUGCCUUGGCAAUGUCCUCGGCCUGCUCAAGAUCUACGCGGGUGAAGAGCAGGUCAAAAGAGGGAAGAACAAGAAGAAGGCUCAAAGGGAAGAAGCUGCGAGCGGCUACUUCGACCCCACAUGCCUGGCCAAAUGGAAGCGAGUGAAGGUGCUAUGCAACAUUUUUUGGGAUGAGACGCUUAUACUUCUGAACAAGGGCCUCACUGUGGAGAUGCAGGAGGCCGUGCUGCGAACCUGCAGCAGCCAGCAGGCGCUUUGCUGGCUCUGGCCCUGCCAGCACUUGCGCCGGCGCUUCCUCCGGCGCUGCUGCGAGAUCUGGGCGCGGCCGGCGGCGGGCGGCUCUGAAACUUCGCCGGGAGCCGUGCGGCUGCUCAGCUUCCUGUUCCUGCGAAAUGCUGCGGCCAUGCUGCUUCUGAAGCCUGGUUCCACGAAAGACCUACGGGGCAUCCCCACGCUGGAGGCCUUGAUCCGCACCAUCCUCAGAUCCUUUGCCAGCGCGGCAGCGGGGACCUACACGUGGCGCUCGGUGUCCAACUUCCGCUUCAUGGAGAACUGCAUUCUGGAGCUUUUCCGGCUGGAUGAUGCCACCUCCUACCGGGUGGGGUAUGUCUGGAUUCGGCAGUUGGCGCUGCUGCUCCGCAACGCCUCGAUGGCUUCCUCACGGGGUGGCAGUGUCUCGCAGGCCAAGGCUAAGACCGCCAAGGCCAAAGCAAAGGCCAAGGCGGCAAAGGGCCGUGCGAAGAGAGAGAAAGCUGCAAAAGGGAAGGCUGGAAAAGAGAAGAUGGGACGCAACUGCGAGGAGGAGGAGGGCGAUGCCCCUCGGCGCAAGGUUAAGGCCAAGCCGCUGGAAGACCUGAUGAGCUGGCAGUUUGUGCGCUCUAUGUACCUUUGGACGCGGGUCGUGACAUCAGUGCCAUCGCUAAAACCACUGGCCUACCCGCUCUUCAUGGUGAUCUUAGGGGCGGUCAAGAGCCGCCUGACGAACCUGCAGUGCUUCCCCUUCGUCUGCCACGGUCUGACCUGCCUGAACCGUCUGGCGGCUGGUCUCGAGGUGCUGGUGCCGCUCUCAAGCCACCUCCUGAAGCUCCUGGACAUCGUCCACCAUCAGCUGGAGUCCAAAAAGAAGCUGGGAUCCAAGGCUCAAGGCCCAGAUGCUGAAGACGAGGAAGGAGGCGAAACGGUGGAACGGAAGCCGCCUGAUAUGGAGGUGCUCCUACGACUCUCGCCGGGUCGAGAAGAAGUCCUGGUUCUGGUGGCGGAGAGGAUCUGUGGCCUCUUCAUCGACCACCUCGGGCUCUUGAGCCGCUCCACGUCCUUCCCCGAGCUCUCGGCCCCGGUCGUCCUGCACCUGCGACGCCAAAGCAAGCACUGCCGCAGCGAAGCUUUGAGGAAACAGCUGAAAGCGCUGCUUGCUGCUGUGGAGCAGAGCAGCCAAGAAGUGCAGCGGUUCCGUGAGCAGCUGCAGGAACCACCACCUGCCGGCAAGCUGCUAGUACUCGGUCCGGACGCCACGCCUUUGGCCAAGCAACGGACGCAGUGGCUCAAGCGUAGGGCCGAGAACGAGCGGUCGAAGGUCGAAGGGGAGCUCGAGCAAAGCAAAGCUCGCAAGAGGCGGAAGGCUGAUGGGACUGAGACAGAGCGCGCACUUAGGCCGUUUGAGAGGUUGCACGGGAAGGUCCAAUCUCACCCAAAGCUGAUCGAGAAGAGAGAUUGCCGCCAGCCAAAGUUUAGCGAUGCGAACUUGGUACCUUCUUCGCUGGCGUUAAUGUGCAGCACCUUCGACCGAGGGGCUAGGAGAGUCAUGGUGUGGAAAAUGUGUGCGGCGCAAGAGCGCGCCAUGCGGCACUACAGUCACUACAGCAAUGCACCAGUGGACGAGCUGUGGGAGCAUCCUUUCAUGCCCUCGCUGACCCUCACGAUUGCACGCAUGCAGGACAUGCAGGCAAGCCGAACGGCCUUUCCCGAGGCGCCUGAGGCGCUGAUCGAGUCGUCCUUUCGGCGCCUGCUUGCCUCGCUGGACCAAGAACGGGAGCAAAUCCGUGCUGCAUGGGCGCGCCUUUCCGAGGAACGCGAUCAGACAACUGAGGAGCUCGAAAAGCUCCGGCAGGACACGGAGGAAUGGUGCUACCGGGAGAAGCUGAAGAUCGAUGCGGAGUGGCAGCGUCUUAACAAGCUCAGCGAGGACAUGUCAAAGAUGUGGACGGAGACGGAGGUAAUUCAGAUCAAUUGCUCUGGCCACAUCUUUACAAUCCCGAAACAGACCAUGUGCGGCAUACCUGGCAGUGUUCUCGCCGAGAUGUUCAGCGACACCUUCAUCCACGAAAUCCCGCGCGAUGAGGAAGGUCGUUUCUUCCUGGACUUCAAUCCGCAGUGCUUCAGUGUUGUCGUCGAGUACCUCCGCAAUCGACGCCUCCGUGCAGACGCACCCUUGCCAGUGGUGCCAGUAGUGCAGCGGAGGAACAUGGAGCUCUUGGCUGAGGCGUGGAAGCUGUGGCCGUUCUUGAAACCGAAUCGCAUGAACCCGCUGCAUGGAACGUCCCUUCACAUCGCAACACGGCCCGCGGCGGAUCAACCGGCAGACGGCCCGGAUCCAGCCACGGUGGAGGUGGUGCGAGCGACCCAUCCUGGUUGGCAGGUCGUCGGCGCGGAACACCCUCUGCCGGUUUCCAGUGCCUCCUACUUCGAGGUCACAGUGCUGUCAAACCCGGAUGCGCGCGGUGGGUUAGCUGUGGGGCUCUGCAACCACCUCCCUCAGGGUCCGGAGACACACUCCAUCAGGCUGCAGUGCUGUGUGCUCUACAACAGCAACAACGGCCUGCUCGGUGAUGCACUCGGACACCAUGACGUGCAGCCCGCGCUGCAGCUGGGCGAGGGUGAGCGGAUCGGCGUCCGACACGACGUGAUCUCAAAGUCACUGCAGUGGUUUCACAACGGCACGUGCAUUGGUACAUCAACGUUCCUUCCCGAGACGUUGGAGCACUGGGAAUCAAUCUACCCGAUCUUUGGGCUGUACGUGCCUGGCCAGGCGAUACUCGUAGACUUCCGGGCGGUGUCGCCCAGAGUCGAGCUGAGCCUCAGACAGGCAAGUGCCUUAAGCGCCAUGGAGGAGCCCCCAGCAAAGAAGGCGAAAACCGAGGAUGAGGAGGUGGAUGCGCCUCUGGACAAGGCUCCCCGGAUCAAGGAGUCGCCGGCCUUCCAUGUGGAGGACACGACGCUGAACGUGGUUCCCUCGUCCUCCGGGAACAUGCUAACAGCGCUGUCCGAGGGAGGCCUCCAGUAUCUCAUAGCGGGGGCGAGAUGCAACAUCGGGCUGAAGGCUGGCCGGUACAUGUUCGAGGUGAAGAUCCUGGAAAGGAGCAGCUUCCACGAAGAUCCGACUGCCCGAUCCAGGAUGAUGGGGCCACGCAGUGUGCUGCGGAUUGGCGUGGCCACGGCGAAGUCUUCCUUAAUCCUCGGUGAGACAGAGGAUACCGUCUGCUUCGACUCGGAAGGUUUCUUCCGCGACCGGAGGAAGGCGAGCCCCGUCUGCAGCUCGAAGUUCGCAACAGGGGACGUGGUCACAUUGGUGGCUAACCUGGACCCGAACAGCAAGUUUGGAAACACGCUGAGCAUCUUCAAGGACGGCCAGCGCAUGGCUCCACCCCAGCCGAUCCCGGAGCACUUGCAGGGCAAGGUUCUGUAUCCGGCCGUGAGCUUCAGGAAUAUGGCCGUCCACUACAACUUUGGCGCCUCUUUGCUGCCAAUGCCGUUCAAGUGCCGCUUCCUGAAGGAUGCUUCGACGAAGGACGUGAGCAUCAAGGCGACGACGAAGCCGUCGGACGGGCAGUGCGAGGUGAUCUUCCCUGUCGCAGUGCCGGACGAAGGUGGCUUUGACUGGCUUGACCAGUUCAUGGAAAGCCAUCCGGGCUACACCGAGCUGAGCGACCGGGCCAUGCUGACCUGGUGCGAGCUGAGUGGCCUCAGCCGCCCCAAGGGCUACGCAGCUGCAGCGCGAGCGUCCAAUGACAAGCCAGAGAUGGGCUUCGGUGUCUCCGCGCUGGACGAUGGCAGUAUGCGCCGAACUCUGCAGGCACUUGUGUCCAUUCAACCGCGGAACUUCAUAGUCAUGGAGGUGAAGUCUACGCUUCUCAAAGAGGAGCGAAGGGAGCUGGCCCUACGGUGGGGUGGCUACACGCGCAUCGCGACGGUCCUCGUGGGCGAGCCUCCAGCUGCCUUCAAAGAGUUCAGCCAGGACAGGAUGUUCAAGGCUAAACAAGAGGCAAAAGUGGCGGAAGCCAAAGCGAAAGGAAUGCCUGAGGAGGACGUUCCACUCGCGGAGCUUACUGCCGAGGAGAAGAAGCUGACAUUCCGACGUUUGCCCGUGAGCGAUCUGACUGCGUAUGUUCUGAAUACCAACUUCCAGAAGUUCAGCCUUCCAGACGAAGAGGAGACGUACUUCGAUGGGAUCCAAUACAUCUGGAGCCCCGAGAAGAAGGCGAAACAGCACCUGGAAGAAUGGGUUCAGGUGAAAAAGCUUACGUCUCGAUUGGAAGAUCUGCAGCCGGGCGAGUGGUUCAGCACGAAGUGGAAGGAAUGGCAAAAGGUGAUGCAGUCCUACCAGACCAAGCACAACACCCACAAAGCUAUUGAGGCAAAGAAGAUUGCCCAGCUCGCAGCCAAAGAGCAGGCAGAAAAGGAUGGGACCGAACUGCCCUUGGAGGUACUGGCGGCCCUGGAUGAGAGCAACAAGGUGGACUUCGAGAGCCUGGAUGUCUUCGGUGUUGAGGAUGUUAUGGAUGUUGGUGGCGGGGAGCCUCUUUUCGCGGCCUUCACGUUUGAGGAUUGGACACUCAUGAGCUUGCGCUACGAGCUCCAUCUGAUGGCCCAUGCCUUCCGACGUGACUCCCAUGAUCCCGGCCGGGUCGCGGUGCCUGUUGAGCACCUGGCAUUUUACUACCAGAAGUAUUACAAGAAGGCUCUCAACAUCAAGUUUUUUGGAGUUGACAGCUCCGAGGAGCUAGUGGGCCUGGUUAGCGACACCGUGCUAAUCAUGGGCAAGAGCAAGGUGUUGGAGCCCCAGCUGCCAGAUGACCUCGAAUCGACGAACCUCUUCGUCAUGCUGACGGAGGAGAGCCGAAGAGAUCGGAACAGGCGCAUUGACAUGGGCGACGACUCUGCCAAGCUGAAGAUCGUUGCCUCUGGGCAGGCCGCGGCAACUGCCCUCGGACCUACGCGGCCUUUCGCGCAGUCCCAGCAGAUCAGACCGCAAUGGCCACAGCAGCAGGGCCCGUACCAGACGCGGCCGAUAUCGCCGUUUGGUGGGCAGCAGCGACCACCAUACCAGCACUGGGAGGGUGACGGCUACAAGGGCGGUGGAUACAAGGGUGGAUGGCGGAAUUGGUGA